AUGUCGAAGGUUAUUGCAGUCGCUGGCGGUACUGGCAGCUUUGGCCGUACUCUUGUCGACGAGCUGAAGAAGUCGCCCCUCUACAGUGUCAUUGUCCUGGCCCGCAAGGCCCCUGAGCAGCAAGAUGAGAAAGCGCCAGUCAUUGCAGUGGAUUACAGCAACGUGGCAGAGACUGCGCAGAAACUUGCAAGCAACAACGUGGAGGUCAUCAUCUCCACCAUUUCCGUCAUGGACGCAACUUCUGGCGCGGCUCAAGUCAACCUGGUCAGGGCAGCCAGCCAGUCUGGCACAGUCAAGCGCUUCAUUUCCAGCGAAUGGGGCGCCCCUCACACUCCGGCUUCUCCGAUCUAUCAAGUUCGCGAGGACACAAUUAUUGAGCUUCGCAAGACCAACUUGGAAUGGACCCGAGUUGCUAAUGGCUACUUCAUGGACUAUUACGGAUAUCCUCAUGUCAAGACGUAUUUGCAGCCGCUCUUCUUCGUUGUCGACGUGCCAAACAAGGCUGCUGCCAUUCCUGGUACGGGCGACGAGGUUCUGGCUUUUACGUACACGCAAGACGUGGCCAAGUUUACCGUUGCGUCCCUGAGUCUCCCCAAAUGGGAUGAAGUGACCUACAUCUACGGAGAGCGAUCCACCUUUAACAAGCUCCUUGCGCUUGCAGAGGAAGCCAGAGGCACAAAGUUUGAUGUCACGUAUGAUUCCGUGGAGAAGCUCGCAAAGGGAGAAAUUACGGAACUGCCCUCGCAUCAUGAGAUCUACCCAGUUUUCCCAAAGGCGAUGCUACAGGGUCUCUUUGCACUCUUCUCGUUGUGGAUUGUCGAGGGCAGGCUGGACGUGCCCGAGGAGAAGAGCCUAAAUGCCAAGUUUCCUCAGAUCAAGACUACCAAGCUGAGCGAGAUUGUUGGAGCUUGGAAGGGGCACUAG